GACUGAGUCCCAGGUUGGCGGUUGUUUGGGCUUGUUUUGGAUCGUGAAGUCGCUUAUUUGUCCCAAAGAAUGCGCUAGUAUCUGUCCGCAUAAACACAUGCGUACUGCUUAUUAGGCUUCUUUUGGGCUUGCUUUCAUAAAGCUGGUCGCUUGUUUUUCUCGCAGAUCUGGCAACACUGCGCGCCAUAUGAAUCCAGGAAGAGACUUUUGUUACUAACCUGCAGGCUGAGACUUGGAGGGGUUCGGUCUCGUGUCCUCGUCGAUUUUGAAAACCGAGUGUGGUUCGAUCCAUUCAGCGAGUCACACGGCGAGGCAGCAGAUGUCGCUAAGAAAGAAAAGCCAGUGGUGCCUGGUGGCUUCAGGUAUGGUGUCGUUGAUCCUGCUGCUGACGGUGCUGUACAGCAGCGGCAGCGGGCAGCGCCGGAGCUCCAGCCUCGGACAGGACUACCAGCUGACGGGCAGGCCCCUGUACAAACUGGACCUGAGCUGGCCCAAGAACCCCGAGGUCUUCACUGGAGAGGUGUUCUGUGUGGCUGUCAACCAGUAUGCUGCCGUGGUGUACGUAGCACAGCGAGGAUCUAAUGUUCCCAAGGUGCUGGUGUUCACCACAGAAGGAGACUUCCUCAUGUCCUGGAACACAACCACCCUGGAGAUGCCUCAUGGUAUGUUUUUAGCAGAUGCGGCUUCUAAAGAUCCCACUGUGUGGAUCACAGAUGUGGGGGAUGGUCCUUAUGGCCAUUGCAUCAAACAGUACUCACCAUCAGGAAAGCUUUUGCAGGUGCUUGGUACUCCAGGUAAAGCAGGUUCUGGGUUGGACCCUCUGCAGUUUGACCAGCCAGCUGAGAUUUUUGUCCAUGAAUCUGGGGAACUGUAUAUUGUGGACGGCGAUGGUGGUAUGAACAACCGCCUCAUCAAGUUGUCUAAGGAUCAGAAAGUAUUGUGGAUACACGCAGAGAAAGGACCAGCCCUGGCUCAGUUCUACAUCCCUCACAGUGUGACCGUGGAUAGUGCCCAGAGAGUGUGGGUGGCUGACCGGGGCAACAAAAGGAUCCAGGUGUUUAACUCCAUCACAGGGGACUGGCUGGGCAUGUGGGGCAGCUGCUUUACAGAGGAUGCACCCUACUCUGUUCGUCUGACCCCAGACAAAAAGUAUUUUGUUGUUGUACAGCUAAACACCAAUCAGAUUACACUGCUGGAUGCGCCACCAGUUGGGCAAAUUGGUCAGUGCAACGUGGUAAGUGUCAUCCAGCUGGCUGAAGAUGUGAAACCCCAUCUAGUGGACCUGGAUCUAAAGGCUGGAGCGUUGUAUGUAGCUGAGAUCGGAGCUCAGCAGGCUCAAAAAUUCACUCCCUUUAGUCUGGGUGGAAGCUUGCUUUAGAUGCAUACUGAGUUUAAAAGGAAAUAUUGAAUCAGCGGUGCUCAGAUUAAACUGAGAUACCAAUUUUAAAAUGUGCCAGGAUGUCAGUAAGAUCUCUAAACAUAUAUCUUAAAGAUAAAAAAAUAAAAUUUCUUUUACCAUU